AUGUCUGGGCAACUCGCCGCUCUCUUCGCCCUCCUCCCUCUUCUCCCUCUCAUCUCUGCCUGGUCGCCCGCUGCGCGGUGGGGCCACGAUGCUGUCUACGUCCCCAGCCAGGACGCCAUGUAUGUGGUCGGUGGACAGGUCCUCUCGCCUGGAGUGCAGGUGACGAAUGAUGUUUUGAUCUAUCCGUUGAACGGUACCAACCCCUCUUGGACGGUCGGACCUAGCGUCAACCUCCCUCCGCAUGCUUUCGCCUCGGUAGCGCUCACUCCAGACGGCAAGGACCUGGUCGUUGUUGGCGGAAUGACAUCGGACUGCGGCACCGACGCCUUGACGCACACGCUCGAUCUGAAGGGGAAUGGGAGCUGGGUGCAUGCGAGUCCGGAAGGCUUGGUUCGGCGUAGAGGGGCGGGCAUGGGGGUGAUGAAGGAUUCGGGGAAGUUGAUGUUGGUCGGCGGUGUAGCGGAUCAGUACUCGUGUGCCUCGUACACCACUGCCUUCCCCGCUGUCGACACUCUAAACCUCCCCCUCUCGACCUCCUCCGUCGAUUCCACCCAUGAUCUCCCUGGCAACCUCACGGGCUCGUCCCUCGCCGUGUCCGACUUUGCUAUGACGACCUCCUCGGACGGAAAGAAGAUGUACCUCCUUAGCGGCCAGACCAGUACUGGCGCUCUCGUCGCCCUUGAUACCGCCGGCGUAUGGACCAACGGGGCGGGCUGGGCGUCUCAGAAGCUCGGCGGAAACAUCCCCGUCGGUCGGGUCGGUGCGAGUCUCGUCGCCCACCCCAACUUGGACCUGCUCGUCCUCCACGGCGGAGCGCGAGACGACCGAGGCUCGGACCUCUCGACCUCCCUCCUCGCUCUCCUCAACACCACCUCGUGGCAGUGGACCAUCCCCUCCACUCUCCAGCCCCCGCAGUCAUCCUCCGUCUCGUACCACUCGGCCAUCAUGACCCCUACCGGCGUCAUGAUCUCCGCCUUUGGAAUGUCCGGGACCGGCUCGCCCCGCUCCGACAUGUUCUUCCUGGACAUGCGGGACCCCUCCGCUUCUGCCUGGUCAUGGAAGAGCGCGUGGAAAAACGACAUGCUCCAGGCGUACGUCACCCCCUCCACCGAGUCGACAUCGACCGGCGGCGGCUCCGUGCCCGUCAACGCUAGCAUGGGCACCUCUUCCUCGCGCCUCGCAUCAAUCGUCGCCCCCGUCGUCAUCCUCUCGGUCAUCGGCAUCCCCAUCCUCGUCUUCUUUAUCCGGCGCAAGAUGCGGAUCGCCAAGAAACGGCGGAUGGCGCGCCACUUUUCCUUCUCGUCCCAAGAGGACGGCGGGGACUUCCACUCGCCUCUCAACGGCAGCGGGAGGAGCCAGAGCCGGACCCAGCACUACCCCUUCGGUCCCGACUCGGCUCUGGACGAGAAGGAGGACGCCUCCCUCUUGUCCGACUUCAAGUCCAACAUGGUCGGUCUGGUCGGCCGCUUCCGGCGUCGCUCGUCCCAUGAUGAGAUGCGCCAUAUCACCGCUGGGAAGGGCAAGAAGGGCAAGUACAAUGAAAAGUCGAUGAAGUGGGAGGAAAUUGAUUUCGGACUGGGCGAGGUUGAUUCUCGGCGUGGAUCUACCCCUCAGACCGGAUUCCAGCCCUCGUCCCGCCGGUCCUCAUUCUCCGCUACCGGAUCCCCUCCCGAGGCGCGGUAUGUCGACUCGGUACCUAUGCCUGGUGACAGCAUGCCUGAGCCCGUCUACCCAAUCAUGAACCCCUCUACGCCCCCUCAUCGCCCCGUCUCCCCCUCGGCGGCCCCUCCGGUCGAUGAAGGCCUCGACUGGAACAUGCUCCAACAAGACCUGGACAACCGGCCCGCAUUCCGCUCCAUCUCCCCUACCUCCCCCCUCCGGUCCCAUCAGACCUCACACCAAGCCCCAUCUACCCCACCGCGAAUCAAUACCCAAUUCGUGGCAGGUGGAAACCCCUUUGCGGACCGUCAUGCCCAAGUCCACUUUGAGCCCCAAGGCAGGCGGUCCAGCUCGCCCGUCUCUCCCGCUCCGGCCCUCCCGUACCUCGACUUCCAGACCCAGCAGUCUCCUACCUCUGCUGGAACUGGAGGCGGAGGCGCCCGACCCAGCUCGCCGAGCAGCAUCACAUCCAUCAAUCCCAAGACUGGCCGUCGCACCUCGUACGAAGUCCCCGUGACCCCUCCCCGGGAGCUGCAGAUGCAGGCGCAACAGUCCCCUCGGUCCGUAUCCUCGCCUAUCGGUCACGGUGCCAGGCAGCUCGCUGGGAACUUUGACAGGCGCGGAUCGGCUCCUACCUUUUAUACCGCCCCGUCAUCGCCUGCUAGCCCUACGCCCGCCUCGGCCUCGGCCUCCCCGGCCACUCGGUACGAGCCCGGAACGAGGCGCGGGUCUAUCCCGUACAUCAACCAGAUGGGCAGCCCUAUGAUCCGGACUGGGAGUAGCGGGGGUGAGCGCAGAGGAAGCCAGCUGAGGGUGUGCAAUGUGACGGAGGAGGAUGGGCAGCAGGGGCAGGCCAUCUAA